AUGGCAUCGGUGUGGUCUCCUCUUCCUCCCCACUGGGAGGAGGCCAUAGACCCUCGGACUGGCAAAAAAUACUUCAUCGACCACAAGCGGCAGACAACGACUUGGGUUGAUCCCCGGACGACGUCAGUAGGAACGACCCCUGUGAGAACUGCUCCAAAGGAACUGCCAUAUGGCUGGGAAAUGGUACAAGACAAGGACUACGGCACGAUCUUUAUCAAUCACAUUGAGCGGAAAAUACAAGCGGAGGAUCCAAGUUAG